AAAAAUAACGUGUGCUACUCGGUCUACCGCGAGCAUGCUGUACUCGGUGUUUUUUAAAUUUAAUUUCUGUGAGUAAAAAUAUUGCAAUAACGUUGUUAUCCUACAGUGAAAACCCACAACAUAAUGGCUGGGCUGGAGAUAAUUGUCGGUACCUACGAGGAGUACACCGUAGGCUACAAGGUUGAGCCACUGAAAACGGAUUCUUCACGAUUCUACCUGAAGGAAAUCUUCUCCACUCACAACCACACGGCAUCGGUACGGGUACUGGCCACCCACGGUAAAUACCUAGCAUCCGGCGGGUCGGACGAUCGGAUUUGCAUUUUCGACCUGGAAAGCGGUCUGCUUAAGGACGAAAUGCUCCACCACAACGGCACCGUCAACUGUCUGACAUUCUCCCCGAAGGGAGAUUACCUGUUCAGCGGUAGUAACGACGGAAAGGUAUCGGCGAUCAACACCAAGCGCCUGGCGAUCGAUAAGACCUGGUCGAAUGCCCACCGUGGCUCGGUACUGAGCUUUGCCAUUCACCCACAAAGUAGCAUAGCACUUACGCUGGGCUCAGACAUGAACCUAAAGACUUGGGACCUGGUGAGCGGUAGAACUCUUUACACACGAGGACUUCGCAACGAUCCCAAGUACAACGGUCAACUGGCGCUUGUCGAAUGGAGCCCGGACGGCCAGUACUUUGCUCUAAUGGGUCAACGAGUGGUGGAUGUAAUUUCAGUGGAUACAACCAAAUCUUCCCGGACGGUUCAGUGUUCGUGCAAACCUGUUUCACUUUGUUGGAUUUCCGAAACGGAACUUACCGUCGGCCUGGACGAUGGUCAUUUACUGAUGUUCGACGUGGAGGAGGAAGAUGAACCUGAAAAGAUUCGGAUUUACGAGUCUCGACUGAAAGCGUUGGCAUUCCUUGGAAAUCACCUGGCGACGGCAUCCAGUUCGGGAGAUAUCAGUCUGUGGAAGAUUGAUGGCAAUGAUUUUAACGAGAUGUGCACAACGAACAUUGGCUGUAGACCUACUUGUAUGGUCUUGACGGAUGCGGACAAACUGGGACUACACAAGUACCUGCAACAGCCGGAGGACAACAAGAACGAACUGCGACAGACGUUGAAGAACAUUCACGCCGUUGGAAGGGUCACGGUUGAGCUCGAAGAUCCCGUGCAGGAGGCAAGCCAGAUGGUACCGAACACGUCGAAGAAAAACAAGCGAAAGCUACAGUUAGUUCCCGAGGGAAGCACCGCUACUGCAGCACUGAAGAAGAUCAAGAACGUUCAUUCGAUUGAGAACAUAUCGCUGUCCCCGAAGGUUAGUCAACAGCUGCAGAAGACCAAGAAAGUGAAGGCCAAUAUGAGCGGAGUUUGGGAAGAAGAAGACGUCGAAGCCGGUGAGGACGAGAAGAAACCGAAGAACAAGCCACGGAAGCAAGGGCUCAACAAAUCGAUCGACGGAGGUGAACGGCGCAAAAAGGUGGGCAAGCAGGGUCGACGAAUUUCAAUUUAGGAGACAAUGUGGCCCAUACUGCCGCUAUUCGCAUAACAGUCCCAAGUCUUAUGGAUUUCCUGUUCACAUGGGACUGUUAAACGAAUAGCGGCAGUAUAUCUAUUCUAGAAAUGCUAAAAUGUAUUUUCGGAUUUAAAACGAAAUGA